AUGGCGGAAAAGGUUGAAACAUUCUUGAUAACAGUAUCCAUUCUUGAAGGGAGACAUUACAUUUGGACAAAUAUGGAUUCUGCAGUAAUAGUUAACGUCGACAAUAAAAGGAGGUGCACUUCGGUUAAACGUCAUACAGAUGCCCCUAUCUACAACGAGUAUUUCGUAUUUGAAUUUUCAACUACACUGGAAAGUAUGCUUGAGAAAACUAUAACAAUUACGGUUAUACAGCCCGGGAAUGCUUGCAGAAAUAGGAAAAUACUUGGAAAUUUUACGUUGGACGUUGCCACUUUGUGGUCACAAAAAAAUCACCAAUUUUAUCAUAAAUGGGCUGUCCUAGCAAAAAAUGAUAGUUUCACAGGACCAAGCGGAUACCUUAAAAUUGAUAUAUCCUUGCUAUUCAAGGGACAAGUUUCAGAACUUCCCGCUGAUAUAAUAAAUGAUGAAAUAGAAGGUAACUUGCUUCUACCUGAAGGUUUGUAUCACGAAAGACAAAAGGUAUUUUACUUAUUCGACGUAUACAAAUGCGAGAAUUUAGUGGCAAGGCCCAAUGUUUCAGUAAAAGACAACAAAACUUCAAGAAAGACCCCAAACAUUUACGUAGAAGUAACUUUUGCUGGGCAAAAGGUAAGAACAUCUGUGAAGAAAAAUACUCAUUCCCCUGUAUUUAAUGAGCAACUAACAAUAGUGGAUCUAUUUCCCCCUCUUUGCCAAAGGAUCAAAAUCGAAAUCUGCCAUUCGGAAAGUUGCAGGAAAACUGUAAACGCAACAAGAUAUUUAGAUCUAAAACUUAUAUCGAAUGACAAAGAAGAAGGUUUUCUGCCAACAUUUGGACCAACUUAUUUGCAUAUGUACUUCAAUAAUAAUUUGGGCGGAUUCGCUGGAGAAAUUUUAGUGUCUAUGAACACUGAGUUGCAAGAUAUUGUACCAACAGACGCAAAAACGACUGGCACUCUAGUUAAGAGCAUUCCUCCUAUAAGCGAGGAAAACCAUUUCGAUGAUGUAGUAUUAUUUGCGACGAUAUUUGGAAUUACGGCGAUAUCCAAAACGUGCUGUCAAAAAGUAGUUUCGUUCCGGAUGACCUUCGGUAGUACACUAAUCCAGAAGGGCGCCUCGGGAGAAAGUACUUUGAUGAACUCCACCUCGACAUUCAAGCCAAAGAAAAUCAGCAAACAGUAUUAUUAUCUGCCUGUAGAAAAUGAAAAACCUUGUCUUGUCAUUACGACAAAACUGCCAUCUUGCAAGAAAAGAAUGUACAACUCGAAUAUGUUGUCUAAAAUGUCAAAAGAACUUAAAAUCAAACUAAGCUUAAUUGAACAUGAGUUUGAAAGCCGGGAUUUCAGAUUGUCACAAACGGAUGUAUAUGAUAUUUUGACGGAAACUCUUGAUUUUAUAAGAACAUCCGGAAGGAAAUAUAUUGAUAUUGUAGAUGGAUACAAUUUUGAGAGGGGUACAAAGUUGGACAAAGAGAGAAAGAAGAUGUGCUUAAAAGAAAUGGAAAAUAUAUUAGAAAAAGUAGACCGAAUCUGUAAGGACAGAACUCAAGUACAAACUUUAGGUAAACUUCAAAAAUUGUGUAGUAGGAUGGAAGAGUUAAUAUUUGAUAUACAAGACUGUUGGCCUGAUGUUCAUUUGUGGAUGAUAUUUGGAGCUAGAAAAGCUGCUUAUUGUCGAAUACCAGCUAGAGAUAUACUUUUUUCGCCAAUCGACGAAGAGAAAGGAGAAUAUUGUGGCAAAAUGAGGACAAUUCUUUUCUAUCCGAAUCCAAAAGACGACGUUAAUUUGUCUUGUAAAAUGGAUAUGAUGUUAUGGCUUGGAGUGGACAGACAUAAAGAUGAUUGCUUUGCUAGUAUUCCCGAAGGUUACCAGUAUGAAAAAGAAUCAGUUCUUACUUCCAGAAAAUUAUAUGCAGAGGAGAAAUAUGUAUUUUACCUUAGAGCCCACAUAUUUCAAGGCAAAAUAGCACCAGGUUUUGACAGAAGCGGGCUAACUGAUACGUAUCUUAGAGUAGUUAUACGAGACAAGCAAGCAGAAACAAAGGUAAUAAAUGCUGCUCUAAAUCCCUUAUGGGAUCAAACCCUUGUUCUUCCAGGAAUAAUUUUGUAUGGAUCUAAACCAUAUUUAAAAAGCAAUAUACCGAACGUUUUGGUGGAAGUCUGGGAUAGGGAUAUAUUUAAAACAGACGACUCCGUUGGUAGGACUUUGGUAACACCCGUUAUUAAAUUCCGAGAAGACCCUUACCUACCUCCAGACUUUCCGCCAAAAUUGUCUUGGAUCAAGACAUACCAAGGCGCUGACAUAUUCGGAGAAGUACUGUCAGCGUUUGAAUAUAUAGAGGUUCCUGAGCCGGGAGAUGAUUUCCAGAUGCCUCCCGAGGCAAAAAUAUAUCGCGUUCCAGACGAGAUCAACCCUCGAAUGGUACCGCACAGGGUGGAAGUCCUCUUUUGGGGCCUGAGAGAUUUAAGAAAAAUAUACCUCAAGCAAAUAAAUAGGCCAAGGGUAUCUGUGAUAUGCGAACAAGGAACACUGGUUUCCGACACUAUAGAGAAUGCCAAAAAAAAUUCCAACUUUCUAAACAAAUGUAAAACUAUGACCGUGGCAUUGCCCCUGGAAAAGGUGUACACACCGCCUCUUUGCAUAAAGAUUCAGGAAAGCAGGCUGUUUGGAGUAUACUUGCAUGCAGGUGUACACAUUUCGGAUGCGUAUUCGUACCUGUACAACCCGAUCACUAGUCAAGAACGAAAAAGGCGAUUGUCUGCUUAUAAUUUAAAGAAACGUGUAUCAAGUCCUAUUAAUGUUUUGCCAUCGAACAACGUUAAAUUCGAAGAUGAGGCUCAACUCUCGGACAAACCAGAAGCCUGUAGCGUUCUUUGGAUGAAAAGUUAUUUAAAAAAUUUGUUUAACUUAUGCAAAUUUUCAACAUGUCGCUCCUACAGGCAAAGGAGUAUGACUUCCUUGGGGACUUACGAAACGCUUCCACAGGAUGAACCGGAACCUGAAGAGUUUGACUGGUGGACGAAAUUUUAUGCAUCUUUAGAUAAGUCACAAUUCAUAGGUAAAUCUCCGUUAGGCCAAAAAAAAAUUAAAAUAUAUUUAAAUGAAUUGGAAUUACAGCCUGAAUUUAGCGGAUUCACGGAUAUGCUCUCUUCCUUUGAAAUGUACAAAGGGAAGCGAACAGGGGAUGAGUCGAUUGACGAAGAAAAUAUAAAAGCGGUCUUCAAAGGUUCCAUAAAAAUUUACCGCUGGCCGCAAGAGGUGGAAGGUGAUUAUGUAACAGAUAGAGGUUUACCUCUUCAAGAUGGGAUGUUCCAGAAUUAUCCUGAUAACUUUCCAGUGAGGUUUUUACUGCGUGUCUACUGCAUUCGAGGAAUUGGCUUGAGGCCAAAGGACCGCAGUGGUAAAUCGGAUCCCUACUUGUAUUUAACACUCAAUGGUAAAGUUAUCAAUGAUCGCGAACACUACAUACCACGUCAGAUUAAUCCAAUUUUUGGAAGAUUAUUUGAGUUUAAUGGAAAUUUUCCAAAUGAUCACACACUUAACAUAUCUGUUUGGGAUUACGAUUGGGGGAAUUAUGACGACUUGAUAGGUGAAACAGAAGUAGAUAUAGAGAACAGGUUCUAUACGAAGCACAGAGCCUUUUGUGGAAUACAUGACCAUUAUGACCAAUCCGGUUACUGUGCUUGGAGAGGGCGUCAGAAACCAACAGCUAUUUUACUAGAAUUGUGCAGAACAUGGGGCCUGGAGGGACCCAACUAUGAAAAGGACUCUGUGAGGAUAGGAGCGAGAGAGUUCAUUACAGAAGACUUUACGCCCAGUAGAAACCCAGAGUUUGACAAAGAGGUUCUGGCGCUCACCGCUUUGUGGCGCUGGGACGAGAUUCCGACGGUAGGGUUUCCUUUAGUGCCGGAACACGUCGAAUCUAGGUCUCUGUACAAUCCCUCGAAACCAGGUAUUGAACAGGGUAAGCUACAACUGUGGAUAGACAUCUUUCCAAUUACUGAUUUACCACCACCUAUAAGUGUUGUGAUAACCCCAAGAAAACCUGUUAAAUAUGAACUGAGGGUAAUUAUAUGGAAUGUGGAAGAAGUUGAAUUGACUGAGGAUUUGUUUUUUUCUGGAGAGAAGAAGUCGGAUAUUUAUAUAAAGGGGUGGGUGACCGAUAGCAAUGAGCCUCAGUAUACGGAUGUUCAUUAUAAAUCACUGACUGGCGAGGGAAAUUUUAACUGGAGAUUCGUUUUCCCUUUAGAAUAUUUGACAACUGAAAAUAAACUCGUAAUCCGAAAGAAGGAAUCAAUGUUCAGUUCUGAGGAGACGGAGUUUAAAAUUCCAUGCAUGUUGACAUUGCAAGUCUGGGACAAUGAUACGUUUUCCAGGGAUGAUUUUUUGGGGACUUUGAGUCUGGAAUUAUCAAAGAUGCCCAGAGGAGCUAGACUACCCAAUAAGUGCACUUUGUCUAUAUUGGAGCCACAAGCACCAAGGAUUAACUUGUUUAAAGUCCGACGCACAAAGGGAUGGUGGCCCUUUAAGCGGUACGAUGAGGCCCUAGGAAAAUUUACCCUUCAGGGGAAAGUUGAAGCAGAAUUAGAAAUUCUAAUUUACGAGGAAGCCGAAAAGUCUCCAGUAGGCCUUGGGCGACAAGAUCCACAAGCUUUACCUCCACCAAAACGACCAGAUAUUUCUUUCUCGUGGUUUAGACAUCCCCUAAAAGCCUUGCAGUACGUGAUUUGCAAACUGCACCGAAGGAAAAUUUAUACUGCAUUGAUAUUCAUUGUUCUGGUGACGCUGGGCUUCGUCGCAGUCUAUUCCUUUCCAGGAUACUUGGUGAAAAAGAUUUUAGGAGCGUGA